AUGCUUGUGAAGGUGUUCCGAUUCUAUCCUUCCGUGCUUGUCCUCCUCGCGUUCUGCGCACUUUUCGGAUGGCAUCUCAGCUCAGGGAUAGCCUAUGGCGAUCCCAUGCCCCGCCAAAGACCUGGAGAAUCACAUCCUCCUGCUGAAGCAGAACGACCGCAAGAGCAAAAGGAACAGCCCGUCCCCCCCAGGAAAGCGCGCAUUGCUAUUGUGACUUUCAUCACCGACCAGAAGUCAUACAUACACCUUUCCCUCAAGAACAAAGAUCAUUAUGCACGUCGCCACGGACACGAUCUGAUCGUCGAUUAUGAGAGCCACUCGGAGCGUGGCACCACCUAUUGGAAAUUCAACAUGAUGCAGAGGUUGAUCAAGAAGAACAAUUGGGAUUGGCUGUGGUGGAUGGACUUCGAUACGCUUAUUACAAACACAGAUAUUGAUGUGCAGAGCAUUAUAGACGAGACGCUCAAGGAAACCACCCGUGCCGAUGAGGUUGAUGUCCUCGUCACACAUGACUGUAACGGUCUAAACACGGGUUCAUUCAUUGUCCGGGGACACGAACGCUCUCUCAAAAUUUUCGAUGAUGUUCAUGACAUACAAGCCAGGGAGAAGGAGAAGAAGAACGAACUGAGUGAGCAGGAUGCCAUGGCGCUGCUGAUCAAAGAAGAUCGAGCAUCCGCAGACCGGACAACACAAGUCCCACAAUGGAAGUUGAAUGCCUUUCCACCGGAAAUAGCCUGCUUCGACGAGUCAAAUAGAGUCUGGGAGCACGGGACCUUUGUACUCCAUUUUGCCGGAGCAUGGGCUCAUGUCGAAGGCGAAGACCCUACGGGACAGCUCAUGAAUAAGUACGGAACAGAAAUCAUCUGGGGAGAUUGGAAGGAAUUCUACUGA